GAUUUUUUAAUAUCGAAUUUUAUUAGUACAGAACUGUUAGGCCUGCCGAUCGUUCAGUUUAUGAUAGAGCUACAUUGUGGGGAAACCCGGUAGGGCGGCCUGAUCAUCUUGCACGGCCGAAUUCGUCACCUGCAACUAGGCAUUUUGAUGAUAAAACUCCAUUUCUUACCAGUUCAGUUCAUAUUGGUCGUUAUUUUGAUGAGGAUGAAAGGAAGCCCUUAGAUGGGGGUUUUGCCCCUCGUAGAACUAUUACUGAUGAGAGUUUAGGGGUUCCAGCUAGUCAUCUGGAGAUGAAGCCGGAGUCUGUUUAUGCAGGGAGGGUUUCGGGUCAAUAGUGUUAGCUCCUGUAGCUCCAAUGUCGAGUGGUUCGCGGAAUCUCUACUCUACUCGAGUGUCUGAGGCUGCUGUGAUUGGCCUGAGUUCUCAGAGUUCUGGGGGUAACCAUAGGCAGGCUUCUUCUGGGUUGUAUCCUAAUGCAUGGGCAGCUAGGAAGGUGAUGACUGUGAGUGUUGCUAGUGGUGAACAAAGCGCUGUCUCAAAGUUGGCUAAUGCUAGUGCUAUUGACAAGGUUUCCUCAGGUCGAUGGCAGUCAAAGCAAUCUGUUCUGUAUCAGAAAGAUGUUGAUGUUAAACAUUCGGAAACAGAAAAUGGCUUGCAUCUCCAGGGUUAUGAUGAUAAGAAUACAUCAGAAUGAUUGCUGUGGCUGGGAGGGAGUAUUCUGAUGUGAUGUUGGCAAGGCAGGUUGAAAGGGGACUGAACAUUAAAGAUGGAGUUCAGGUUAGUAGAAAGGCGUUACCAGACUACGAGACGAGCCAUUUUCCUAACUAUUCGGAAGUUAAAGAAAAUAAAUCAGUAACUUACAGUGAAGGAACUCAAUCAAUUCGUGCAGAUGGCAAAUUUGGCAGUUCUAAGUCGCCUGUUGAUGUAUCUGAGCGGCCGAAGUUGAAGUUACUUCCUCGCACCAAGCCAUUGGAUAAUCUAGAAUCGUCUGUUGUUGAUGCUAAACAGGAGCAGCAGUGGUCAAUUGAUUCUGUUAUUGGUCAUGGUGGAAUUGGUAAUGAUUCAUAUGGACAUGUGAAUACUUCAAAACCUGGUUCAGCUGGCAGUGAGAAUGGGAACCAGACAGUGGAGCGUCCUAAACUGAAUUUCAAGCCUUGUUCACAGCCACUGAAGAAUUGAAGGGUAACAUUGAGA